AUGCCAGGUCAGGCCUCAAUGGAUUCCAGGGACAGCGAGGGGGUUUACACCUCGCAUGCUUUGACAGAUACUCCUUACCAGACCCUUGUGUCCCGCCAGUCGCUGAGCUGGAUAGAUUCUCCUCCCAAGCCGUCCUCGCUACGGCUCGAUCCAGCGGACAGCCAUGAGUCUCGAGGCAAGCUUGAUGCUGCCGGUGAAGAAUCCAUUUCUCCCCUUGACCCCCGACGGUUCACUCCUACGUUACAUGCCUCCCUGGUCUCGGAGAUAUUGUCCUUGCGUCGGGACCUGGAAGGCAAGUCUAGUGCUAUAGAGUCCCUGGAGCUGAGCCUAGAGGCCUCCAGAUCAGAUGAAGAGUCUCUGAAACAGUCACUUGCCAUCCAUGCAAAGGAGAACAGGACGUUGAAGAAGCAGAUACAGCUACUCGAGGGCGGGUCCCUCAGCGCUGUCACCGAACUCACCAAAGAAAGAGACGAUGCAUGGGAAUCCAUAGCUGAAUCGAGACGAAGAUUGGAGGAUGCCCAGAGGAACGCCAGACUAUAUCAAGAUCAAGCCGAACGGACGCAGGAACUGUGGGAUGCCGAUCGUCAACGAUGGGACGAUGACAAGCGGAAACUUGAAACCAAAGUGCACAUAGUCGAGGGACGCCUCAAGACAGUUAUCAAUGAGAUCACUCUCUCGUCUCAAGCUGCCCAGAGGAAGCAUAGCGAAGCCCAUGAUCAUCCCGAUGGACAGCUAAACGAGCCGGGCGUUGACACGGUCGAUUCCACAACUCCCCGGGCCAUGGACGCAAUGAGCCUUCGAUCAAACAGCCCGGUUGCAGGACGACGAGGCAGUAACUCCAGCGUCAGCACCUACAACAGCUCCAACCACCUUCGGAGUUCGGUCAUGGGACUUACAAACGGUACAAGCCUAGUGAGCACCAGUCUUGCUGAUGAAUUAGCCUGCGAGGAGACGGAAGACGAGGAUAUGGAGAGGCCUGGUAGCAAUUGCAGGGCAUUCUCGAGAGCUGAAACAGAGCCCUUCUCGUCCGCGCACGAACAACGACCAAUGUCAAGCCAGUCCAUUCUCACUGGCCAAAAGGCGAGGAAAAUCUUGGGACUUGCAUUUGAUACAUCAAGCGCUCAAAGCUCUCCGGUUAGGGACCAUUGGUCAAAUCCUGCUUCACCAAGAUACAACAAUUACUGCGAGAUACCAGAGACGCCAGUCUCCAGAAGUUAUCGAGAUGUUGGAAUACAGUUUACUCCUCCUCCCUCACCUCUCGGAGAUGCAGCAGUGGUUAAUGGAAUUCAUCGUCCGUUUACACCCCCGCUGUUACCGGAGGCUCCCAUCACACCCCCGGCAGCAGAUGAUUUGGUAGGUGUAACAGAGAAGACCACUAGCGUCUACGAAACGUUUGACAUGGGAGUUCAAACCCGCCCAGCCGUUGUAACCUCUACCGAAUGCCAGACUAUUGAAGACUUCCCCGAAACUCAACCUCAGCCAGAACCAGCUGAUGAACAGCAAGAUCAGGACACAAUGGUAUCUUCCUCCACUCAAACUGAAGAAGAUCAGGCGCCCAAAAAAGAAUCACCCCCGGGGACCCCGCAGUUCAGUAUUCCAAUGAUUGCAAUUCAUCCUCCAUUGUCAAACCCAUCCACUCCUCGAACCAGCGUUGUCCUCCCCCCACAAACGAAGAGUGCCUGCUCCCAGACUCUCCCUGAGCCUCAAUUGGACAUGAGGUCAUCUGGAGUCCAAACUGACGAAAUGCGCGAGGUUAAGAGGCCCACUCGUCUGCCCUUCGACCUGCUUCCAUCCGCCUUUCCGGACCGGUCGGUGGAGCCCACCCCUGAUACAAUGAGGCCACCGGUGGUCUACCAGCCAUAUCGCCCACCCCCCGCAAAUACUUCGACUACCACUCUUCGACUACGAGAGGCCCCGCCCGUUGACAUGCCCAUAUCACUAUACCCUGGUAAUAAUGAUAACGGCCCACUCACUGGAGAUAUGCAAGGCGACAUCAGACGCCCCUUUAGGUCCAGUAGCUUGUUUGCUGGAUUCGACCACGAAAGCGACGACGACGCACCCCGUCUGCCAGUGGAAGAGGUAUUCAAUGACGAUGAAUCAAUACUAAACCGACCAAUGGCAUCAUAUACCAUCAAGAUGGGGAAGCUAGUAUCGAAACCUUCCAGCCGUUCCAUCCUCGAUGAGAGCCCCAUGGAAGCACACGAGGAUGAGGAACCCAUGGUUGCUCAGAUCACCGGCGAUGAAAAACGUGGUAGUGGUAGCCUGCGACGGUCCUCUGCCACUCGCGGGAAGGCCUCCACCAGAGGGUCGUCAAGAAUCACCAAGAAAUCAGCCCCAUCCAGGCAGACGUCUAACAGUAGAAGGGCUGCCAGUGGAUCAAACGCAGCAGAUUCAAGACCAAGAAGCCCUCAGACUUCCAACGUUGCUAAUACAGCAAAUGUUGGUUCCCGUCCUCCAUUCCCUGUUCCAACCCGUCUUAGUUCCCGCAAGGUUCCUUCUACGAAUGAAGAUGCUCAAAGUCCGACUCCGAAUGGGGGUGGUGGAUCAAUAUCAGACCAUAGCAUGAUGGGGCGAGAUUCCACUCUCCGAAAGAUACGGUCAGCAGCCGCGGUGUCGAGACCGUACUAUCGUGAUGACAACACUAAUUCGCUUCGCUCUCCUACUUCCACAACGACGUCGCUUGCAGGUAGGGAGAGCCCGCCAUACCCACACCGUCUGCCUCAGUCUCUAGAUCGAAUUUCAAUAUCCAACAAAUCUCCGAGUUUCAGCGAUUCACGCCGGCCAUCAAGGGGCGGAGAGUCUUACCAUGAGCGCAAAGCAUCUUCUGCUGUAUCGGUGCAGCAGACAAGUGUCGUUGAUGCUAUAGCCCAGACUAUGAUUGGAGAAUGGAUGUACAAGUACGUCCGAAGAAGAAAGUCCUUUGGAAUGACAGAAGCUCCAAAGGACAAAGAUGGAGGUGAGGGCGGGAAAAACUCGGAAGAAACAUCCACUAACAUCUCUGGAAAUGGCGUUCGUCAUAAGAGAUGGGUAUGGCUCGCCCCCUAUGAAAGGGCUGUUAUGUGGAGUAGCAAACAGCCGACAACUGGAUCUGCUUUGCUAGGCAAGAGCGGUCGCAAAUUAAUCAUCCAAUCCGUCCUUGACGUAAAGGAUGAUAACCCCUUGCCUCGUGGUGCCUCACAGCAGAGUUCAUUCAACCGUUCAAUCUUGAUAUUGACUCCCCAAAGAGCCUUAAAAUUCACUGCACUAACCUUGGAACGUCAUUAUGUCUGGUUAACUGCUCUGUCUUUCCUGAGCCACUCAUCCCUAGGCCUCGAUGACCUCGCAACUCUACCACCAGUUCCUCAGGUGGAAUCAGGACCACGGCCACUUACCGCAGCUCUACGUCGAAACCCUAUCCGUGACUCGAUCAGGGUAGCCAAGGGGAAGACCCGACAGGUACCCAACAAGUCUCGUGCAGGAGCACCUGCUCAAGCCACAGUGCCAGAGGAGUCGUUCCCUGAAAUGCCGUGUAGACCAAGCAACGGCGGGGACUGCGCCGCACCUCCUAACGUUCCCAGAUUCGCAGCACAUUCUAGAAAAAGAAGCAACACCACUCCUAAGCCUUUAUCAAACCCAUUUAGGUCUUUCUCUGGCAACACGGUUGCUCCAUCUACCUACAGUUCAACUACGUCUGGGUCUUCUGACCUCCAAUCACCAACCUCCGUGGCUCAUUCGGGCGUACACAGCGGACAGAGCAGUUUUAUUCCUCGCACAUCCGAAGCCAGUGGACAUCCUCCCCCCGGUAUGGCAAACUUCUUUGAUGCCGUUGGUACCAUGAGAAUGGAGGCAUUUGUCGAUAAAGGCGAUGUGCCACGUCAGCGUGGCUAUCGUGGGAGAAAGAAGUAUUACUGGCCCCAGAGCCCCGAUCUCGAAUUCCGUGAAUCAGACGGCGGAGGAAACGAUUUCUUCCGAAAUUAUAACCCAUUCAGGGGAUUCUAA